AUGAAAACUAUUCCUCUCCUUAACAUCACACCAAAGCCUCAAGAAUCCUUGGGCCAAGGCUCCAUUUCAAUGGCAGCUCCUUGCUGCCUUACGGGUGCAGUGGCCCAUGAGGCCUCUGGCAACGCAGCACCCCAGGUGCUUCCUGCCGCUCCUGAUACUGCUUCCGCUACUUCACGUGAUUUCUUCCACGCACAGCAGAAGCAACAACAGCAGCAGGUGGCGCAAGUAGGAGCAUCAAGUGCAUCCUUGAGUGCUUCAGGGGCUUUGCGUGGGCCUCUGCCGUCUUCACUCCAAGCCUCGCCAGCAGCACUCGAGCCAGCCUCGCCAGCAGCACUCGAGCCAGCCUUGCCAGCAGCACCCAGUGAGAUAGGAGACUUAGCAGCAACAGCAAGUCACGGGCAGCGGAGGCGACCAUGGAAUAAGGGAAGGCCGUGGAGUGCAGAGGAACGCCAAAAGAUUGCUGUUGGGACACGGCGCGCUAUGGAAGCCUUGAGAGCGCGGAGACCUCCGAAGCCACCCCCCCCCAAAAAAGAAAAAAAGCCUCGAGUUGUACAUGACACCACCAGUCGCAGCAGCGCUUGCCUCCUGAGCGCCGCGCACCUGGCGAAGCUCUCAGAGUGUCUCCGCGAGAGGUGGCGAAACGAGCAAACACGAAAAAUCUUGAUUGAAGCACUGCGCAGUAGGAGGCAAUCGGAAGAGACAAGGCGCAGAAUCGCAGCAAAGAUUCGCGACAAAUGGAAAGAUGCGGAGUACAUGCAGAGGGUUUGCCAAGCUAUGGCGAGGGCGAACUCGAGUAACGAACGGCGGCAAAAGAUUUCCCAGGCGCUUAAACUCAAAUGGCAAGACGAGGCCUUUCGCGCGCGGAUGCGUAGCCGUCGAUUGCCGUUCUCCGACGAGAGACGCCGUCGGUUGAGCGAAGCUAUUGCACGGCUUUGGCAUGGGAACGCGGCCUACCGCGAGAAGACUUUGUCGGGUAUUCGGCGUCACUUGAGCUCAAGGACCACAAGAGAGUCAAGACAGUCGUAUAAGGAUUCAUUGUUUCAGAACUCCCUGACAGGUGGCGGUCGGUUGUGGAGCUCCAUGUACACUCGGCUAGUCGCGCAACACCAGCAGAGGCAGGAGCAAGUUCAGUAG